GCUUACCACAUGUUAUCCUAAAUUAUCCGUAGAAAAUAAAAAUUUAUUCCAAACAAAUAACCGAUACAACAAAACCAAACCAGCUGUCACUUGGCAGCUACACUUAUUUCUUUUAGUAAUGUUGGUACUCAACCUGACUCUACCAGUUGUCAGUGCACGGACGGUCAAAAUAGUUAUUCAUCCCCACAUUGCCCAUUCCAUUCCGACCAUCUGAAGAUGCAAACUGCAAGUUCUCUUUUAUACCGUAAUAUUCAAUGGCAUAUAAAAUAUUUAAAAAAUCUCGCAAAUCGUUACUAGAGAUAUUUAUUUAAUGAUAUUAGACUAACUGUAGAAUUUACACAGAGCAAGAUUAUUCCUUAAUGAUUGUUCAUUGUCCUAUUUGUAAGUAAUAUUUGAUUGUGUAAUAGCUAAUUGUAAAUAUAGUUGAAAAGAUUUCAAAGUAGCAAUACGUAUAAAAUGUUACAAAUCCCUGUAUCAUUUUAAUGUAGUUUCCGAUGAUACAAAAAUUUUACGAAUUUAGGUUUAUUAGUAGGAAGUGAGUAUUUUGUAUACUUCAUUCCUAUUUGUUAUGGAUGUUGGACAUGAUCGGGUAGUAACAAAUAUUUAUAUGUGAUGCGUAAAGAUAUGUUAAAAAAUUUCGUCCGAAAUUUCAUUUCGGUUCAAUUCCAUUAUUUUGAAUUCAGUUUAAUUUCGCCAUUCCAAAUUUUAGUUGGAUUUUAUUGUUUCUAGUUCUAAUUAAGAUACUCUAUCAAUAAAUAACAUACAAAUAUUAGGAGUUAAAUAGUUAUGUAUAUUUUUAAUUAAUAAAAUUAUUUAUUAUCACAAUUAUUAUUUAUCAACUUAUAUUUUAACAUUUGAUUCUUCCAUAAUGGCUUGAUGAAGUAGGGGCUUUAAAUUUUCUCGAACCAAAGUAUGUUUUUCUCCGUGUGUUAUUAGUAAUAUGGACUUAGCUCUUUUUAAAGCUUCCAGAGCUUGUUUUGGUUUCUCUAAGUAUAACUGAAUCUUUCCCAUCAUAAGAUACAAUAUUCCAGUUAAUGGAUGAACUUCACCAUAGUAUGUUCUAAAAUGAAAAUGUGAUAUUAGUUGUUUGGAAUCUAGUCAAUUUAAAAAUAUAUUUAUCUUACAAAUAGCCAUUAAUAAGUCUUUUCGCAUAAGAUUCUACUUCCUCCCAGUGCUGUAAACUUAUAGCAGAGUCAAAAGCACUUUGCAAAGUUUGUACAUGCUGUAUGUUAAGUGGGUGUAAAACACCCUCUUGCUUUUCAAGGCACACCUUGCUUACAUCCAGAUCUGAAUUGUCUAAUAAGAAAAGUAUACUUUGUGAUUGGAUAUAAUUAUUGAUGCGAUCAUUCAUUAAUUUUAGAAAGGAUACAAGCCAUAUCCUUCAUACUUUGUAAAUGAUAAGCAGUGAAAUCAGAUAUCUCGUCAAAUGUUUCUUUAAAUUUAUCUGGAAAUCGUGUCUUACACUUUUCACAUGAGUCUGUAUCACUAGAGCAAGGAUACAUGCAAGACUUGUUUGGACACAUUGCAGCUGUAGUUGUUAGUUCUGGUUGUUCACAUCUUUUGCAGUUACACCAAAAAUAAUAUGAACUUUGUAGUUCUGCACGUCUAUCCUUUGUUGUUUUAAGAACAUCAAUAUAUGAUAUUCUUAUCUACAUGUAUAUAAUCACAUUGAAAACUUUGAUCAAAGUUUAGUUAAAUAUCAUAGAGAAAGGAGAUACUUACUUGAGACCAAUCCAAACAAGGAAGGUAUUCUAUUGUUCUAAUAAUUAUAUUAGGUCCUUCAAAAGUAGCUACAGCAUUUGGUACACAACUAUGGUCAAUAAUAGAAGGUCCUAAAUAAAUGCCAAUGCCAAUACUAUUCAUGUCCAGAUCGAAUAUAUUAAAUGAAUUAAUACAAAUUCUGCCAUAAAUAGCCAUUAACUCCACAUUACUUGGCAUAGGUGUAUCUUCAAAUAAUUCAUUCAGAAUUUUGCAUAGACAAAUGAAGUGUUCUAUUCUUUUUUCAUCUUUCUUUAUAUCACUGUAAUCUAAUGAAACAAUGAAGCUGACAUUAAUAAAGCAAAUAGAAGGAAAUAUUUUUAAUUUUCUUAAUUACUAUCACUGCAUACUUACGUGACAUUAAAUCCUUAAAUUUUCUAAAACUUGUGUCACUGUAAUAUCCCAUUUCCUCGCUUUUACCUUGAUUCAAUUUUAUGAUUAUACGAGUCAUAAGUCUUGCCAUAUCUGGCACAACCUUUGGUGAAACCUUUUUCAGUUUUGCACAUUCUGUUUUAUGUAUGGACCAUGCAUCUUGUUGACAGAAACGAUUGCAAUAAUAAACACAAUGACAAGCAGAACAUUUUGAAACUUUUCCACUAAAAUACAAAGAUCAAAAUACAUGCUCUUGUAAGAUAUGUAUUUCGUAUAGAAACAGUAAACAAAGAACCAAAUAUUAUUAUGUCAUUCGGCGUUAAAUGUAUAUGUACCUUUUUAGACAAUAAUCGCAUCGACUAGUUUUAUGUUUUGAAUUAAGAACGUAAGCAAACGGUUUAGCGGUUAAAAUAGUAGUUCCUCUUUUUAUUCCAUUUUUACACUCAUUCAUCUUUAACGGAUAAUAGAUUAAAGAAAAAAGUAUAAAUUUGCCAAAAAACUACAUGAUAUUGUCAAGAGAAAAGUAAGGAAAGGAAAAUUCAGUUGAAAUGUUCGAGCACAGUCGUUGUGAUUGUAUGCAAACUUAAUAGUUUAUAUUUCUCUUGUUAACGGUUUUAUUUAUUAAAAUUUAAAUGCACACACGCAAUUAAUUUUUAUUAACACUAGGUUUAGGCACGUUUCUUGUGGUUCAUUUUAUUGUUCUUGGAAAAAUUCAGAUCUUGCAAAUUAGAGCUUUAAAAGUAGACAAUUAGAGUACAUGUUCGUGUAAUUGCAUCAAUUGAAUACAAUAUAAACAUUUACCAGAUAAUGUUUAUAAUAUUUAAUAUGCAUUAAUUGAUGCGGUCUGUAAACAUUUUGAUAACAACAAUAACGAAAGUGUGCGACGUGCCGAUAUUAAAAGAUAACCUCUAUGUUUUGAAUAACGAUUACUAAGAAUUUUUAUAUCGUCGAUUUGCUGUAGUUCAACUAUAUAAAAAGGAAAACUUCAUUUUUAAUAUAUUUAUAAGCACAAAUAAAUUUAUCAAAAGGUCUGUUCGAUAACAUUACGUUACCAUUAGAAAUAAUAAGUGCAGCAAAUUUAUAGUAAAUGACAAAAAUAAAUAUUUGAUUUUAUAAUUACCUUUGCAAACAGUAGUCGCAUCUAUCUUUCCGAUAUGAUGAUCGUAAAACAUACGCAAAAGGUUUUGCAGUUAAAAUUGUUGUUCCUUUAUCGACAGGGGGCCUUUUAUACCCAUUUUUUAAUCUCAUUUUCAUUAAAAAUUAUAUAUUUAAAAGCAAUCUUGAUUGUUUUACAACAAUAUGUAACAGAAUGUAACACAAUGUUAUACUAAACGAAUCUAGUUGUUCACUACUGUGAAUCAUGUAAGUUUGCCUACAGACUAUUUUGAGAUCAGUUUAUUUUAGCAAAUCUUAUUACGGGAAGGAUCUAAAUUUGGUAAUUAACAGUAAUUAUUUGAUAAGCAGAUUAUAGAGAACAGUAUUCAUAAAAAGUUUGAAAUGGAAUAUUUAUUUACAAUAAUUUAAUCGUAUAAAAAUCUUGAAAACUUGAUAUUUUCAUUUUUCUAUUUUCUAUUAAACGAAACAGUUAAAGUUAUUGUAUUUUUAUGGAAGAAUACACUGACAUAUUAUAAUCAUGCAUAUAAAUCCAUUGAGGAUUUAUGAUCAAAACUGGAGAGAAAAUUAAAAACACACAGAAAAAAUAUAUUUUGUUUUCCUCAAUAAACGCAGUGUCAUAUGUACAAUGCCAUUCUUCAUAAUAUAAAUUAGUCUUGGCGUUGUCUUCUUUCUGUUUAUGUCUUAAAUAUAAAUCUUACUAUCCUGGAAUUUCUUCUGUUUUGUUUUUUUCCAUAAUUUCAUGUAUUUUAAUGUAUGACAUCUUAAAGUAAGUACAUAACAAUACCUCAACAUUGUCUUUGUCCACAUUAAACAAUUCACAAUCAUGUAUACUACAACUUUUAUCCAAAAGAGUUGGUGAACUUAUUAUAAAUUCAGUUGAGCAUAGAAAGGAACAGGAAUGGGAGACUUUUUUACUCAAUGAUUCUGACAAAGUAAUGAUACGUAUUCAGGUGACAUGAUGACAUCUACCAUUCUUUCUUAUGUUCGUCCAUUGAUACACCUCCAGGACCUAAAGAAACUAUCAUUAAAAGGCCACCGAUCACUGACAAUGUCUGUAAAUAAAUAGAUUCAUGUUGAACAUCCUUCAGCAGAAUACGAAACAGAUAUAAAACAAAUGAAAUAAUAAUGAAAAAAAAUAUUAUUACCUGAAAGAAAUCGUAUUUAAGGAAAUCUCUAAGUGCUUUAUAUUCUGGAAUGGUCCACCAUGCAUUGUGAUAAAGAUUAAGAGCAGAUAGUAGCAAUACAAGUAAUAAUGCGCUGAGUUUAGUUUUAUAUCCAAUAGUUACUAAGACCAUCAAAAUACUUCCAAGAAUAUCCUGCAUUAUUUGAAGGAACGAUAUUUCAAUACGAAUUAACGUGGUAAACAUAAAUGCCAAUAAAAUUCUGCCAGCUAAUUGAAGCAGAUUUUUAGGCUUAUUGUCUCCGAGACUUGGUACUCCAGCAAAUAAUGAUCUUCCCUCUACUCUCGAUUCAGCAAGAACGAGAAGAAGAGCACCUAUCAGUGCUAAAUUUCUGAACAGAAAUGUUGCAUCCCACAGAAUGUUAUAAGCUAAUGUUUGCAAGACAACUAUGAAGAACAACAUUCCACAAGCUAUGCUGACUUUCCAUCUUCCGAUAACCAUCACACAUCCUCCAAGCUGUCCAAUCAAGUUGACCAGAACAAAUAUUGUAGCUAAGAAAGUACCACACCCCCAUGUACUGUUCAUAAAUUCCCUUUGUUCCGACCAUUGAAACCACAUUCUCAACCCAUCUUCUAAGAAUGUAGCUAUGAGGCAAACUCUUGCAAGGGUUGGUAAUAUAUGUUUUCCAUUUCGGAUUACCUAUUAUAUAAAAAAAUAUCAUAAUUAUAACUAUAUUGUACACAUGAAAAAUAACUAUAAAUUACGUAUAAAAUGUUAUUGAUACGUGUGUAAUACGUUCAUUGAAUAUUCUUUGAUAUUAUAUUAAAGAAUGAAAGUAGGUCUGUGAAAGUGUAUAUUUAAUUCGUAUCACAAAACCACUAGCAGUCAAUGAAAAGUGGAAAGAGAAAGUUAAUGAUUAAUAAAGUUUACAUCUUUUGAAUGCAUUUCAAAAUUUAUAAUAAUUUCAUUAAUUUAAAUAAAAAAGAGCUCACAUGGAUAAUUGGAAAACUACUGAGUUAUUACUUCAACGUUAGCCAAAAACGGGCGGGACAGUAAUGUUUGUGAUACAUAUUUUCUUGACAAUGCAUAACCUUUAAUUUUGCGAUAUACAAUUAGUAGUAUAGAGAAGUUUGCAAUGCUUGACAACAAUAAAAAUUCUUUAAAAAGGUAAACAAUCAGAGGAAAGAACGUGAGAAAUUAAAAUAUGCGAGUGUAGGAGGGUAAUUGUGCCACGAUGACGUUGACAGGAGUACACCUGUAUUCCUACAGGAUUUCAGCUGGCUUUUUUACCACCAGUUUCUUUGCCAAAAUAAUAUUCUAUGUGUAUAUCGGAAAAGGAAUUAAGUACAACAACUUGUAAAUUUACCUGAUCAGCGAUUUCUUCUGCUUUAGAGAUCACCUCUUGCGAGAUCAGCAUCUUGUUUUAUUCAAAAAUCAAAAAAUAACCCAUUCACUCACGUAUACACACGUGCGCGCACGCAAGUGGUACCGACAGAAAAGAGAGCAGACAAAGAUGGAGAAAUAAAGAAGGAGAGAGGGAGAAAGUCAGAGAAACACGGGAUUAGCAGGCACAGUAGCUUGGCAGGACUGUAUGAGCGAUAUUCUUGCGACUCUUCCGAAUGAUGUGGAGAUCGGGCUACGCGGCGUCACUUCCGGCAAUAAACAACAUGGCGGGGGAAACAGAUCACAAGUUACAAAGAGAAGACUUUGAUGCAGGUCCUUCUAGUUACAAUGAGAUUAUUCCUGGUUUAUAUCUUGGAAAUCUCACAGCUGCCACAGAUAUCGAAUGGUUAAGAGAAACUAAAAUAGGCUAUAUACUUACGGUAGAUUCUUGUCCUUUACCAAGGAAGAUUCAAGAGCUUUUACCAAAUCUGGUUGUAAAGUACCUUCAAAUUACUGACAUGCCACGCGAAGAUCUUCUUACUCACUUCGGGGAUUCUUACGAGUUUAUAAAUCAAGCUUUAGAGUCUGGCAACAGAAUGUUAGUACAUUGCUAUUUCGGUGUCUCCAGAUCAGCCACGUUGGUAAUCGCUUAUUUGAUGAAAAAGUAUGGAAGAAGUUUCUCCGAUACCUUUGAACUCGUGAAAGAAAAGAGACAUUUUAUUGGACCGAAUCCUGGUUUCUUGGCUCAGUUGAAACUGUACGAAGAAAUGGGCUUUGGAAUAGACAACACUAAUGUACAGUUUAAAAUGUAUAGGCUACAGAUCGCAGCGGAUAAAGUUCGAAAAGCAAAGAUUUUACCACAGAACUGUACAGAUCUGGUUAAAGCAGAUCCAGCGCUUGCUACGGUACGUCCAGAGCCCAUAGUCUAUCGUUGUAGAAAAUGUCGGCGAAUCGUAGCUAGUGCCAGUAACAUUUUGCCCCAUAUCCCGAAGGAGAAGCAAAUAUGGAGGCAUAUAAGUACAAAAAGAACAUCUAAACAAUCAAAGCCUGUUCAAGAAUCUUUGGAGCUACCAAAGAAAGAUGAGCACCAGCCAAUAGAGUUUUGUACUAAAAUAUUAUUCGUGGAACCUAUGGCCUGGAUGCCUGACAUAACUCAUAAUGUCGAGGGAAAACUGAAUUGUCCGAAAUGCAGUACAAAACUCGGUUCCUUUAGUUGGAUAGCAGGUAGUCAAUGUCCGUGCGGCAGCAAAAUAGCACCUGCGUUUUAUUUAGUUCCUUCGAAAGUAGACUGGAGCAAUGCUGUGCAAAAUGUACAAGUAACUGUAUAGUACUAGAGAUGUAUUUGUAUAUUUAAGAACUUUUGGACGGACGACUAAUAUAUAUAUAUAUAUAUGUAUAUAUAUAUAUAUAAGAUGAAAUUUUUGGAACCUUUUUACGUGAUUGUAGCUUGUUUAGCAUUGCAACAGAUGUACUUAUAUGUGACCAAUUUAACCGUGGAAAUUGGUAUUCUAAUUUUGUGCCAAUGUGAACGCAGCGUACGCGUACAAGGAGACACAAUUUUACGACUGUAACGUUUCCUGCCGCAACGCAUAAACGACCCGUUCUUCCGUAGUUUAAUUUUUGUAUCCAUAUACAUACUUCCUUUUGUCUAUUGUCGCAUCAACGUAUGAACGUCUAACGUAUCAGUGUAUCAACAUAUUAACGUACUAACGUAUUAACGCAUUACCGUAUCAACGUACUAACGUAUUAACGUAUUAAACAUACUAAACAUACUAAACAUACUAAACAUACUGGCAUACUAACAUAUUAACACAACUAACAUAUUAAGGUAUUAACGUGAAUACAUUGCGUGUUUCGUAGAUUAGACUACCAUAUUUUGCUGCAUAUAUAUUUCUUGUAUAUCGACAACAUAAUA